AUGAAGCGAGCUUGGAGUCUCCACAAUAGCUUAUUGCACACGCAAACCCCCCUCUCUUCCCCUCUCCGCUCCUCCUCCUCCCCUUUCCCCUCCCCCACUCCCCCACUCCCCCACUCCCCCUCUUCCCACAAGUCUCCCUGCUUCGCCAUUCUUACCGGGCCUUCUCUCCUCCCACCACCACUUCUCCUUCUCGCCCAGCUUCCCAUGGCUUCUGGGGUGGAAGACCCCAGCAGCAGCAUCAGCAGCAGCACCACCACCAGUGAUAACAGCAGUGUGGUGGCGAUUGGGAGUAACGACGCCGAUGCGCCGUCCUCCACAGGCCCCACCUCCCCGCCUGCGACCAUCCCCCAUGCGCCAGCCGCGUUUGGCUCCCCGUCCGCCUCCGCCCAACCCCCUCCUGGCGCUGCUGCUGCCUCCCCUUCUGGCGCUAACGUGCGCUCCUCCCCAUCCUCCGCCGCUGCUGCAGCAGCCACCAUUGCUAAGCUCUCUAUCGGCCCCACGCCGCUCAUGCUCCCUGCCACUGCAGCUCGUGGGAAUAUCCCUGAGUCCCCAGGCCCGUCCUUUGGGGUGGCGCCUUCCCCGGGUGUGCCUGCCUUCGCCCCGCCCUUUGGGGCCAAGUUCACGGAUAGGGGGGGGAGCGUGGGCGCGAGUGCGGGAGGAGGGGGCGGGAAGGGGGAAGGGGGAGGAGGAGGAAGCAGUGGGGUGAGAGUGGGGGAGGAAGGGGGUGAAACGGGUGGUGGAGGCGGGGGGGGAGGGGGGGGAGGAAAGGGGGGGAAGCAGCAAGGGAGAACAGCAGGAGGGAGAGGUGUGAGGGGGAUGGAAGGAGUAAAAGAGGAUGAGGCUGAGGGGCGAGAUGUUGAAGUGGCUGCUGCUGCUGCCGCUGCUGCUGCUGCCGCUGCUGCUGCUGCAGGGGGUGGUGGGGGCAGUGGGAUUAGUGUUGGGGCUUCCAGCGAAGGAUUAGGAGGAACAGCGGGAUUGAACGGGGCAGGCCACCAGCAUCAUCAACAGCAACCACACGGGCAUCACUCCCAGGCACAUGCCCAUGCCCAUGUGCAUGGGCAUGGGCAUGGGAAUGUGCAUGGGCAUGGGAAUGUGCAUGGGCAUGGGAAUGUGCAUGGGCAUGGGAAUGUGCAUGGGCAUGGGAAUGUGCAUGGGCAUGGGAAUGUGCAUGGGCAUGGGAAUGUGCAUGGGCAUGGGAAUGUGCAUGGGCAUGGGAAUGUGCAUGGGCAUGGGAAUGUGCAUGGGCAUGCGGAGAGGCUUCAUGGGGCAAGUGCAGGGUCAGCAGCAGCAGGGACAGCAGCAGCGGCAGCAGGCGGAGGGGCAGGGGGGGCAGCAGCAGCAGCGGUGGCGGGACCCGCCCAACCGCUCUAUGGGGCGGUAAAAUCAGGCGGGGAGGGGUGCUUCGAUUCGAGAUCCAUGUUGGCCAUCUUCCCGGCUUACGCGCGCAACGUGCUCGUUCUGUCGCUCCUUCUGGCGAUCACGAUCCCCGCAAUCCACGCGCUUUCGGAUCCGCACGAUCUCCGCCAUUCCGCCUCGUCCGCGAGCGACUCUCCCGCCUCCACCGCCCCUCCCGCGUCUUCCGCUUCCGCCGCCGCACCCAACGCCUCAUUCUCCUCCACUCCAAUCCCCUCCUCCCUGCUCGCGGCGCUAGAUCCGGUCACUCGACUCGCCAAAACCGCGUCGCGGUCACUCGCGUCGCUCUUCCCCGCAUCGCCCGACGCUAAGACGCUGGAACCAGGCAGCCCGGCGUACCUAGACCUAUUCGUGCAGGAAACGAGCUUCUACAACCGCCUCGUGCUCUCCUUCCUCCCUUCCUCCUUCGUCUCCGCCCUCCCGCACUUCCCGCAAACCUGGCUACGCAACUACGUGGCGGGCUGCCUCUUGUAUCUCGUCGGAUCGGGGCUAUGGAGCCUCGUCGUUUACUCCCUCUUCGGCUGGUUCCUCUACUCGGGUCCCGACGACAUCCCGUCUCUUAAAGCCAUGUGGCGGCAGAUCGCCGUGUCGAUGCGCGCCAUGCCGCUCUACACGCUCCUGCCGACCAUCUCGGAGCGCCUCGUCGAGACCGGCUGGACGCGCUGCUACAGCCAGAUCGGCGAGACGGCCGCGCCGCGCUACAUCCUGGGGCUGCUGCUGUACAUGCUGAUCGUGGAGUUCGGCAUCUACUGGGCGCACCGCCUGCUGCACGAUAUCAAGCCGCUGUACACGCACCUGCACGCGAUCCAUCAUAUCUACAACAAGCAGAACACGCUCUCUCCUUUCGCAGGUCUGGCGUUCCAUCCUCUAGACGGCAUCAUCCAGGCCCUCCCACACGUAUUCUCCCUCUUCCUCAUCCCCACCCACUUCACCACACACCUCCUCCUGCUCUUCGCGGAGGGCAUCUGGACCACCAACAUACACGACAACCUGCACGGCAACGUGCUCUUUAUCAUGGGCGCCAAGUACCACACGAUUCACCACACGACCUACCGGCACAACUACGGGCACUACACCGUGCUCUUUGACUGGCUGUUCGGGACCCUGCACUCGCCUGAGCAGUAUGAGGAGGAGCGGCGGAGGGUGAAAGGGAAGGCCAAGGUGGUGGAGGGGGAGGAGGAGAGCACGGAAGGGAAGAAGGUGAAGUGA